UAGAAAAGCACAUUGAACACUGUGGACCUUUUUAACCAUAUUUCACGCGAAUUUUAAGGCAUUUUGAGGGUUUUCUUGUGCAAAUUCACAUUUAUCGCAGUAUGGCAAUGACGUUCCAAGACACGGAAGCCAUAAAAUUGGCGUUAUUCGAUGAAUUGAAGAACAUUUUGAGUCCCGACCAAAAUAUUCGUCAAAAAGCUGAAGAGCGAUUGAGUCAGAUGAAAGUAACAGAUGGUUACGGGGUAUAUCUCGCAGAAUUGGUGUUAGAUACGGGCCUUGACCUUGGAUUACGACAACUUGCAUCAGUCAUGCUCAAACAAUAUGUGGAAGAAUCGUGGGCAAUUAAUGACGAAUCCGAGAAAAUUCAUCCUUUGGCGUCGGAUCAAGCGAAAAAGAUGAUCAAAAGCAUUUUACCUGAAGGACUUUACGAUCCAAACAGCAAAAUCCGCUCGGCAGUUGCUUAUACCAUUUCUACAAUUGCCAGCUUCGACUGGCCCAACGAUUGGGGCGAGCUUUUCGAGAUUAUCGUCAAAUGUUUGAACGGCGGCAACGAAAAUUCCGUUCACGGAGCCAUGCAAGUGCUCGUAGAGUUCACGUACGAACUCAAUACGCAAAUUAUCGAAGUUGGUCCGUUAAUUUUGUCGGAAGUUUAUCGCAUUUUCGAGGCGGAGAACAUUUACAACACCAAAACGCGCGCUUGUGCCGUCGAAAUUUUGUGUUCCGUGCUCAAGAGUAUCAAUGUACAUGCCGAAAACAAGCAGCAAAUUAAGGAUAUGAUCAAUCCGACACUCACGAGUUUCAUCCAGAAGCUAAUUGCGGGCUUGACAGCGCCGCUGGGCAAACAAAGUAGCUUCAAGCUGAAGAUGGAGAUUGUUCGGGUGCUUACUUUUAUGAUUGCCGAGAUGCCCAAAUUCAUCCAUCCGUACUUACCGUCAAUUUUGAACCCAAUUUGGACAUUACUCACCCAAAUGGCGGAAGUUUACAUCACCGUUAUCGUAAACGACUCGGAAGAAUCCCCCUUUGACACGACAGAAGAAGAGGAUCAAAGCGAAGAAUUCAUAAAGAUGAUUUUGCAAGUCUUUGAAUUCGUGCAUUCGAUCGUCGAGUCUAAGAAAUUCCGUCAAAACGUCAGUUUGGUACUUACGGACUUGAUUUACAUCGUUAUCGUUUACAUGCAGAUGACUUAUGAGCAAGAAACUGAUUGGAAACAAGACUCUGAGAAGUUUGUCGAGGACGAAGAUGAAGAAGGCGUCAAUUUCAGCGUUCGCACUUCGGGUCAAGACAUCCUUUCGAUCAUCGGAGAAGAGUUUGGGGAGAAAAUGUUGACACCCCUCUCGGAUGCCCUCACGAAACACGUUGCUGUAGCGGAUGCCAAUCGCACUGCCGGUCAAAUAAAUUGGUGGAAAAUCCACGAAGCGAGCAUGUUGGCUGUUGGCUCGUACAAACCCGUCAUCGAAAGUAACGAAGGUCUCUUUAAUCUCGGCGAAUAUUUGAAUAUGGUGCGUGGCUUGUUGCAAUAUGACGUCUCGCCAUAUCUCACAGGUCGCUGUUUAUGGAUUUUAUCACGUUACGUCGACUCGAAGGUCUACAACACACAAAUGCUGAUCGAACUUAUCGAUAACGUAGCAAAAGCUCUGGCGCCUGAACGUGAAAUCAUCCUGAAAAUCUGUGCCACACGCAGCGUUUACGGAAUUUGUUCGAAUUUGCAAAAAGGAAGUGACGAGCAACGUCAAUGCGUCUCACAAAAACUCGUCAAUUUGUUUGACGGCAUUUUCCCGAUCAUCGAACAAAGUCAAAAUACCGUGCUGGGUCUCAUUUUGGAGACUUUUGGUGCCAUGCUGACAUUCGAUCAAGGAUUCACAGCACAAAUUAGUGGAAAAGUCAUCCCCUUAUCGAUUGCGAUUCUGUUAAAAUACCACGACGAUCGCUACAUCCUCGAUAAUGUGCAAGAUGUCAUGAAAAUUUUGUCGCAAAACCCCUAUUGCUCGCCAGCACUGCAGGAAAAAUUGAUUCCCACGAUCGUUAGUAUCUUGAAUUUGCAAGGAGAACAAGCGAAUUCAGCGAUGCAAGAUAUCGCCUUGAAUGUUCUCGAGACUGUGGUGAAAUAUUCGCAAGCCCCGUUGUCCGAUGCCUUGAUGGAUUCCGCAUUUCCUGCUGCCAUUCACUGCAUUUUACGCACAGAAGAUCAUUCCGUUAUCCAAAGCGGCGGCGAAUGUCUUCGCGCUUAUCUUUUCACGUCGCCGGAGCAAGUUUGUCGUUACAAAAAUGGCGAAGGGCUUAAUUGGGUCAUGCAGAUCACGACAAUGUUACUGAAUCCGUUAAACACAGAAUUUACAGCGACUUUUAUUGGGCGUCUCGUUAUCACAAUUAUCACAAAGGCGGGCGCUUUCUUGGGCGAACACAUCGAUCUCUUGUUGAAAGCUGUAAUUAGCAAGAUGCAACUUGUCCAAGCACUUAGUGUGAUGAUGUCCCUCGUGAUGACCUUCGCACAUUUGAUUCUCAUCCAAAUGGAGGCAGUUUUGAACUUUUUAAGCACAGUUCCGGGACCCACAGGCGAGCCUGCCAUGAAUUUCGUCCUCACAAACUGGUUGUCGCGUCAACAUUUGUUCUACGGACAGUACGAACGCAAGGUCAGCAUCAUGGCGUUAUGCAAACUCUUCGAACAUGGCAUCAGUACGAACGAUGUUCGUCUCACAAAUGUUCAAAUUAAAGAGUUGCAAGUUGUUCCGGGGGCACAAGUGAAGACUCGUUCGCAAGCACAAGCAGCACAACAAUGGGUCAAUGUCCCGUGCCUCGUGAAAAUCUUCAAAUUACUCCUGAACGAACUCAAUAACAUCCAAGAAGUGCGCGACGCUGACGAUUCCGACGGCGAUACCGAAGACGAUAGUGAAGGCGUUGACACGAACGGCGACUUGAACACAUCGGCAAACGGCAAAAACUUCUCCGCCAUGAUGCUGUUCGAGGGCGACGACGAAACCGACGAAGAUGACGAACAAAUGAUGGCUGAACUCAUGCAAGAUCCCAUCUUUCAGGGCAACAUGGAGGAAACUCUCACGAAAUUUAUCCAGAAUUUCAGUCAAAAGGAGCAAUUUGCCUUGUUCAAACCGAUGUUGAGUGAAGCUGAUCAGGCCAUUUUGCAGAGCAUCAAUGUCCAAAUUGUAUGAGAUUCGGCCCCCACGGAAUCAACUUCCGCAAUUACGUCGAACGAAACUGCUAAUGACACAGAAAAACAUCCCGAAACACCCAAAACCGACUCUUGUCGCAAAAAGAAACGAAAGAAACUGUGAUCCUACGUCAAUGUUGCAUUCGAAAAGGGAGACAAUUGAAUUGUUUUUUCUUUAAAAAUGCAACAUUCCCUUUUAAAUUAUGAAUAAUCACAACUGUACUAGAAAAAAAGAAGAAAAAUGUAAAGCAUGUUAAUAAUUAUUAAAUAAUGUUAGGAGAUAAAGUGUCAAAUUUAUUCUUUAAUUAAUUAAAAAAAAUGUAUGUCUGACUAAAAAAAAUUAUAUAUUUAGCCAAACUGCACGCGUCGCAAAAUUCACACCAAAAAAGGCUUUAAAACAAAAUAAAAUCAAAAUUAAAAUUCGAAAAAGAGCAAAAAUUUAUUUUUAUUGCGGUACAAGCGAUUCCCUUCAAAUUGUUAUAAUUUAUCCCAAUAAUAAAAACGGCGAUGACGACGACACGGAAUAAAAGCAGAUCAAAAUUGAACAUUUAACUGGCGCCAUAAAAUGUCGAUUUUAAAAUAAGUGAGAAAUAAAAUCGGAAAAAAAGAGAGGAGACAAUUUUCGCAAAUAAAAGUUUCGUCAAAAUGGUGAAGGAUUUACUGCGGAUUUAUGUCGCACACGAAGGUGUCAUUUUAUUGCAUUUUUAUGGGAAGGAAGUGCAGUUAGCACGACUACAUGAUGGAAAUUGAUGUCUAUUU